AUGCGCAGGAUACCUAAGAUUUACGAGCCCGUCAUUGAUGCGGCCAUUGGACGCAUUGCCGGGCAGCGACAUGUGUCAAAGUAUGUGUGCAAGCGAUGUCUGCGGCACGGUUCUUCCAGUCAGCUGCCUCCAACAUCAACGGCACGAUUCUCCACCAGUGCGGCUAGUUCAGCUGCGCUUGGAAUGGACAAAUUUUCAAGCGCAAUGAAAGGGGAGACGUCGAUGUUUGAUGGAAAGGCAGAACAAAACGAGACGGACUUCAAGCCCGCAGAAACCUGGGAGGGCCUUGAGUGGGUUGGCACCAGACAAUGGUACGAACAGCAGAAACGACCAUCGAAGCCAUUUCAAGGAUACGGCCGCAUCACGGCACCAUUGAAGGAUCGAAUAAAAAUUCGGGAUGAGCUGCUAAAAGCCAUUGUCGAAGUUUUCACCAUCAAGAAAGCAGCUCCAGAUGCAUGGAAGACGCGGCUGAGGCAGGCCACCGUGGAUGACGCUGAGUUGUUCCCCCGCGGCAUUCGCAUUGGCAGUGAUCCUCAUACCAAAGAGCUAGUCUUGGAGUUUGAGAACGGAGAGGUAGAGAAACAGUUCUCGGACCAUUUGCAGAGGACAAUCAACUCGGAGAGCCAAAGAGCGAGAGAAGAGAUCUCAGACACUGGAUCCUCAACAGCCGAAGCUGCGCAAGCCACACAGUCAAGCUCGGAGGACUUCGCAUUUGCUGAUCUUAGGAGCGAGAGCUAUGGCAAAUGGUCGUCGAUCAGCCUCGAAGAUUUGGGUGUCAGGUUUGCGAUUGCGAGGCGAGUUCAGCAACGCACUGGGAUCAGGCUGACGGAUCCGCAAUUCACGCACGCGACUACGGCUGGAGCCAUGUUCAAUCAUUUGUGGAAGCCUGAGAAGCCCAAGAAACUUGCCGAAAGACUGAUGAGCAACGAAGAAUUGGCCAACCUGCCCAACGUGAAGAUUGCUGACCACAGAAUCACAUUUGUGCACCGCGAACGUGAAGUAGGCCGAUGGAAGGUCAUUGAAGAAGAAUUGAAUGAGCGCGGAAUCCCAGCUUUGGGUACGCCCGGCUUCAAGAAGCGAUCUGGGAAGGUGUGA